GCGAAAAACAGGGCCCAGCCAGACACCCUGUCUACAUCUAAAUUCCCCGAUAUCAACCAGCGAAACCUCGUCAGCAAUCGAUUGCGUAUCCGCCGUUACCGAUUUCACACAGGCGCAUGCCAUUUUGGGCAGCGAGAAGUGGCGGACUAAGCAGGCGGUUCCCCAUCCAUCGACAACCCAAGAGCAACCUUGUGAGGCGGACUUCGAUUGAAUACUCUCGACCAUUUCCGCGACUUCGUUUCUCAACUUAGUCCGACAGUCAGGAAGGAGGGAUCAGGUUGGAGAAGGUGCGACCACAAGAUUCGCACAUCCGUCUCGUCGGUACCGAAGCUUGACACUACUUUCUUCGACAAACACAUAGUUGACGAUUACGACGACGACCAACAAACGCCACCAUGUCUAACAACGCGGUGGGUAACGUCUACUCACAGAUCAUCGAUGAGGUGAUAAAUUCCUCUCGGGUCGAUUUCGAGGAGGGUGGUGUUGAUGAGAGCGUGCUGGAAGAGUUGAAGAAGGGAUGGCAGGAAAAGCUCACUCAACUCGAGGUCGCGGCGUUUCCAUGGGACCCCCCUAAGGAAGCUCCAGCUCCUGCUGCACCACCUCCGACUACGGCCGCACCCCCGCCUGCGGCUCCAUACUCUCAGGCCCAGCUCAGUCCGCAACUCCCAGUGCCUGGUCUACCUCUGCCUGGCGGAAACCCGGCUCAGCAGGCCAGUAACAUGCCUGUAAAGGAGGAGCCAUACAUCAAGCCAGAGCCUGGCAUGCAGAACGUGCCGAUGCCGCCAUCUCAACAAGACAGCGCUGGGCUCGCAGCUUACCGAGCCGCUCAACAUGUGCGCGGUCAGUUCGGCGAGAAAGGCGCCGCCUCCAUGAACGCCAUACAAGCCUCGGCGACCAACAGGCCUGCCAACCAACCGCCGCUGCCCCAGAUGCCCGGCCAGCCUCAGCAACAGCAGCAACAGCAAUACCGCCCGGGAGUUCCUCAACAGGGCCAGCCCCAGCAACGUCCACCUAGCAAUGGUCAGCCAGGUGUGAAUCCCUCGCAGACCGACGGUGCUGGUGACGACUUCGACUUUGAAGGUGUUCUGCUCCAACGCAACCCUGAUGGGUCUCAACGCGAGAUUGGACGUGUUGAUAUCGAUCGCAUGAUUCACGCGCGGAUUGCUGCCAACGCCAAAAGCAUGGAGGGCGGCGGCUUGAUGCUGCCUCUCAAGGAAGCCACGAGGCAUUCGUCGGCUGCCACGGCGCGAUCCAAGGGCAAGGAGCAUGGUGGAAUUGCCGGUUACGAUGGUUACGACGAUGACGAAGUUGAUGAAGACGCAAUCAACUCAGAUCUUGACGACCCUGAUGAAGACAAGGAUGACGACGAGGUCGACGAUGAGGGUCUUGGACACAUCAUGCUCUGCAUGUACGACAAGGUCCAGCGCGUCAAGAACAAGUGGAAGUGCGUCCUCAAGGAUGGUGUUCUCACCGUCAAUGGCAAGGAGUACGUCUUCCACAAGGCCACUGGCGAGUAUGAGUGGUAAAGAACCCGACGCGCUUUGCACGACGAAUCGACGUUUUUCAGUCGUAUAAGGAAUGGAGUCUUUUCGAUUCUACCACUACCACUUCAUUGCCUACCCAAUCUCGAUCUUGUAGACUAGCAGAGGGCAGAGGCUAAAGAUCAGCCACACGCCCAAAAAUUCAGCAUCGUUCAAUUUGAUUUUUUUUAUCUUUCGGGAUGGCUGUCGACGCUCAAUUCCUAGUGCAUUGCCUCGGAAACCGUUUGCGAUGCAAUGAGAUUGGAUUUCGCAGUAUGGUCUCUGUCUCCCAUUGCCAUCAGGGAGCCCGACCUGUUACUCAUACACACUGCAGUCCAUCGCAUCUCAAAGGCACAUGCGUCUCGAAGCGCAAAGGCAUGCUUUGGGAAACGAUGGCCGUGCCAUGUUCACGGAGGCCAUAUGGGACGGAGAGCUUGGCAAAGUUUGACCGAGGAUGGAUUUCUACAGGAGGAAAAGGUCAGCAGGAAGACUCGCUCCAGUUAAGCAAAUAGAGAAGACGGAUCAGAGCAUAUCAGGUUUUCUCCUCUACGUCGUCAGUCUCGGUGGGAAUGCAGCAGACCCCUUUCUUUCAUUGCACGACAAAAGACAAUCAACAAAAUGAAAUUCAAACCCCC